AUGGCAAAAGACAAACUCAUUUUCAUAGUGGGUUUAGGAACUAGUUGGCAUUGGUGGGAUAAGCAAGUACAUUGGUUCAGUAAUAACCACCAUGAUGAAUUUGAAAUUCUUGUAAUUGAUAAUCGAGGAAUUGGUAAAUCUCCCGAUAUUCCUUUCACAUUUCGUUAUUCUAUGAAAGAUAUGGCCAAUGACAUUAUGCAUUUAUUGAUGAAUUUACAAUGGAUAGGCAAUAAAGAAAAGUUCAACCUACAUUUGAUUGCGCAAUCCAUGGGAGGUCUUAUUGCUACGGAGAUGCUAAGGUGGGAGCAUGUCCAUUUUCCUCAAUUGACUAGCAGCUUUUUUAAAACUGUGACUCUCCAAAAUUCCUUUAGAACCAUUUAUUCCAGAGAAGCAACACCAAUGCUUGAUACGGUUUUAUUCUUGGUCAAAUCUGGCACUAUUGGCGUAGUGUCGUUAGAGAUCAGAAUGAAAUAUGUGCUAGAACAAAUGUUUUCUAGCGAUUACAUUGGACAACACUAUGAGGAUUUGUACAAAAGAUAUUCGCCAAUGUUUAGUGAUCUAAGAAUGAUUGGACAGAUAAAACAAACGCUUGGAAUUUUGACUCAUUACGUUUCUGAGAAGGAUUUUAUUGAGGCUUAUGAAAAGGUGGAUAAAGUUUUGCUGGUUGCAUCAAAAAUGGAUAGAAUGGUCCACUCAGACAAUACUCCACACAUGCAAAGAUUGUUGCAAAAUAGUACUAAUGUUAAAAGAGUUUUGGUAACGAGAUUGUAUGACAAAGAAUCCAAUGGCCAUAUCAUAAACUCUGAGCAGCAUGAGGAUUAUAACGACUUUUUGUACAAAAAUUUGAAGUAA